AUGGGAGUCUUGUCGUGGGUUGGUCUGGGAGGGAAGAAGUCUGGCGACGACGAGCUUUUCAGCGACGAUGCAGGGAACGGGCAGAGCAGUCAAGCCGACAAAAUCAAGCAAGUUUACCAGAAACAUAUGGCUUCCAAGUACCUCAAUGAGCUUGCCUCCCAGAUCUCUUUCAAGUGCUUCAUGAAGUGCUCGAAUGAGAGCUCCAUGAACACAUCGGAGAAUGGUUGCACAGCACUAUGCUGUGACAGAUACCUAGACACGAUCAACUUCGUCCGUCAAGUGAUGUCGACGAGGAACAGCAGAUAA